AUGGACGUGGAGUUCCCCAUAUACCUAGUUAGUGAAUAUGACGGGUCUGCUGCGAGGGUCGAAGCCGCUCCGCUGCUCUUUUCGUAUAAGAACGUACGCCAGGCAGCCCCAGGGGCCCCUGAAUACGCCGUACGUAUUCGCUCUGCGAUAUAUCGAGCCCUGCCUGCUAGAUCGACAAAGGUGUUCUCACCAACACUGCAUGUCAACAGUGGAGAAGGCCCAAUGCAUAUAAUUAGUUAUGUGCUAGGGCCAGGUAACGAAGUGCCUGACUGCGCUGUACCUGGCAGGGGUGUCGACGUGCCCCGGCUUGCGGCGCUGCUCCUAAAAAGCGACAUGAACUGCACUCCCUCCCUUCAUGUGCUCAACUUAUAUAUAUUCCACACGAAGCUAGCUUUUACAGCGCCUACAAGACAAAUGCGGGUUGCGUUCACACUCCUCCUCGCCGCCGUAGCUGCCACCACAGCUGCCGCUGACGACAACAUCACCACCAUCCUGCCCAAUGAGCGGCCAACCGUCACCAUCGAUCCAUGGGAGUGCUUGACACAGAAUCUCACCGAGUACUUCGACGUUCCGAGACCGACCGGCGCGUUUUUCUCUGCUGUUCACUCCCACGGCAGUGAGCUGAUCAAGGACUGCGUCGCAGCAACAGAGCCAGUAGAGUGCCCCUUUCCCGAGUCCUCUGACUGGUGCAGCCUCAGCACUUCGAUACCCGCGUCUAUACUACCAGCCUACUCCGCCUAUGGCAGCGUGGCCUCUGUGUGGUGGAAGUCACAUAGCUCUGCGGCCUUCUCAGCCGCCGCAGAGUGUCCGCUUGGCUGGUUUGACGCCAUGCUUUCAAUUCCUGGCGGUAGGACGUGGAUGAACCUGACCAGAAUCUAUGGCGGAUGCUACGCCAAUACACAGCCUACCUCUGGUUCUGAACCCUCAAAGCUACUAUCGAUGACAACCGGGCCGACAGCUAUGCCAGGUGCGGGAGCAGCGGCUACGGACCCUAUCCAACCAACGGCUACUCCUAUGAAAAACAGCAUUCUUGGCUGGGCGCAAAGCAGGCCUGGGUCGCUAGUGGUUGCCGAACUCACCCAGAAUGAACUUGAUGGCCUAAAGAGUUGGAGGAACCGUUGGGUGGUAACUAUUAUAUCGGCGUUAUCCAUAUACAUCCCUAUCCCUUCCUCCUAUACAUAUAAAAGUUCCCGGAUUAAAUUUCUUCCAGGUCAAAUAUUAUUCCGCUUCUUACGACACUUUUUAAAAUAUAACUGGGUGGCAGAGCUAUCUAUAAGUAAUGGAGCGAAUGUAUUCAAUAUCGAUAUUCAAAAAAGAUCACGUGACCUGAUGACUAAGCACCCAUCCAAUAUGUUGAUGACUAAGCAUCCAUCCAACAUGUCGAUGACUCAGCAUCCUGCCAAGCCACUACUCAUGCAAGGUUGCAAGUAUCCAAUAAAAUGCCCAGAAUUCAACCAAUCACGUAAUUUACAGCAGACCCACAAAUACACAACUCAACAAGCCAGAAGAUGCAUUGCUUGA